UUUCAAUACAAAUUUUUUAAUAGGUAACCUGCUGCCCUAUUAUUGCUAAUUUCGUUUACGCAUGAUCUGUCUCACUUGUCUGUGACGUUUAAAAGGAGCUGUUUGGAAUAGGUUGAACUAUUCAAAAGUAAAUUACUUGGUGUAGUUGUGAAGGAAGCUCAACUCUGAGAAAACUCUCAAAAGUUUAAGGAAAACUGAAUAUGUUGAAGGUCACAAUGUUUGGUCAAUUUAUCAUUCUAUUGAAAAUAAUUCAUCUGGUUUCGUGCGAGUAUCAUGACUAUAUAAUAGUUGGAGCUGGGCCUUCAGGACUUCAAAUGGGCUCUUUCCUAGAGGACAAAAAAAGAGACUACGUGAUUUUAGAAAGAGGAAACUCAUCAGGAACUUUCUUUAAAACAUUCCCAAGGCAUAAUACUUUAAUUUCUAUCAAUAAAAGAUUCACUGGUAAAACUAAUAAAGAGUUUAAUUUUCGACACGAUUGGAAUUCUUUGAUUAGUAAUGAUGAAGCGUUACUUUUCAAAGAGUAUAGCAAAGAUUUCUUCCCUGAUAAGGGCGAUUAUCUUCAAUAUUUAAGUGAUUUUGAAAAGAAAUUAGGGCUAAACACUCGUUUCAAUACAAAUAUUAUAUCAUCUCGAAAGAUUGACAAUGGUACCAUUGAACUAACUGAUGAAAAAGAAGUAACAUUCCUUUGCAAAUAUUUAAUUGUUGCUACUGGUAUAUUCAAACCUCUGAAAGUCCCUUUCAAUGGUAGUGAAUAUGUAACGUUCUAUGAUGAUAUGAUCUUAGAUCCACACUAUUAUGAGGGAAAAAAUGUCCUAAUACUUGGUAAAGGAAAUACUGCAAAUGAAGUUGCUACUUCUUUAUUCCCUUAUGCAAAUGUUGUACAUAUGGGAAGUAGGAGUAGAGUGAAACUAUCCUGGUCAACUCAUUAUGUUGGAGAUUUAAGGGCCAUUAAUAACAAUAUAUUAGAUAAUUAUCAAUUGAAAGCCUUAGAUGGUAUAUUUGAAGUUGACGUUCGAGAAUUAUCAAUUUUUAAGAGAGAUGACGGACGUUUCAUGUUAGAAGAUCCCUUAUUAAAGGUCAACGUCAAGGACGAUAAUUUUUCUUUUAGAGAUCCGUAUGAUGUCAUAAUAUCCUGCCUUGGUUGGAUAUGGGAUGAAACGCCAUGGGUAGGAUUAAAUUUAAAGAAACAUAGAGACCAAAAGUUGCAAAAAUUUCCAAAGAUUAAUGAUAUGUACGAAGCAGUGGAUAAUUCGAAUAUUUACUUUACAGGUGUAUUAACACAUUCAUUAGAUUUCAAAAAAUCGGCUGGAGGUUUUAUUCACGGUUAUAGGUAUACUACUAGAGCCUUACACAGGUUAUUGGAGUGGAAGAAUCAUGGUGUUGUCUGGCCUCAUCAACCUGCAGAACCAUUUAAUCAGCUUGUACCUUGGAUCGUUAAAAGAGUGAAUGAAGCUUCUGCACCUUACCAAAUGUUUCAGGUGCUUGGAGAUGUCAUAGUUAUCAACGAAAAAGAGGAAACGUUUGAAGCGUAUGAAGAAUAUCCCCUAACCUCUCUUGAUGAAUUUGAAAUUAGGACAGGUCGAAAUGUUACAUCCGUUAUUGUAGUGGUUUUUGAGUAUGGGGAUGGGUUUUCAGGUGAAGAAAAUGUGAGCUAUUAUUUAAUUAUCACUAAUUCCUAUCAUCCUUAUUUUUAACACUUGAAUUAAAGGAUCCAUUCAAGUAUGACCGAUCUGCUGGCUCACCCGAAGAGGCUCAUCUGAGCAAUUUUCUCCAUCCGUUGCUGUACUAUUAUAAGAAAUUACCAACAAAGUCAGAGAUGAUUAUGACGAAACAACCAGGAAAUUUAAAAUUACCAAAGCCAGAUAGACUUCAUCAUGUCCUUGAAGAUUUCUUAACGAAUUUCGAUACCCGUUAUAGUCACAUUGUACCAUUGAGGCGAUUUGUCGAACACGUUUUAUCAAAGGAUCUUCGAAGUUUUUCCGAAGAAGAUUGUAUUCAAGAAGCUUUUACUGGACUUAACGUUCCCCACGACUGCAAAGCAUUUUACUUUAAAGAUUUCCAAUUCAAUUUAUCAUAAUUUCAUAUAAUGCUAAUUCGGCUAAACUUUCUUCUAUUUAACAUGACAAGUGUGCUGUCUUUUAUUUGGAGUACAAAAGUAAUAUAGCUACUGUUUUCUAACACUGAAGAAAUCAUUAAUAUAUAAAAACAUUAAUUUAGAGUAAUCUUAUAGUUUACUAUAAUAAUUCUAUCAUUAAAAUAGGCCAAUAAAAUAUAUUUUUUGUCCUUUAAAGAAUGUAAUUUGCGUAUUAUAUAAAUAAAUAGGUUACUGAAAUAUAGAGAAAGAAAAGAAGAAGAGAAAUUUCUCUGAUGAACCUUUUUCGUAGAAAACCCAUAGACCAUUUGAAUUUAGGACAAAUAAAACAUUUUUUGUUAUGGAAGAAGAUUAAUCCUAAGAAUAGAAUUUGUCUUAAAU